AUGACAUUGUUUACAGAAAAUUUGGCGCCAUCAGAACUGAAGAAACUUAAAAACAAGCAGAGGAAAGCGAAACGCAAAGCGGAACAGGAAAGUGCGCUGGCAGCGCAAGUACAGGUGAAACGCGAGCAACAUCACAAGGCGAGACGGGAGCAGGAACAAGGUGAUCCUGAAGCUCCUCAACUCGAUGAGUUGAUACCUGAUAAGUUAGCUAGGGUAGAAGACCCGUUAGAACAAGCAAUAAAGUUCCUUUUGCCACUCCGGCAGCUGGCUGCCGACAGGAUAGACACAUAUUUAAUGGCUUUCGAAAUAUAUUAUAGAAAAGACAAGCCCCUACUCAUGCUGCAAAGCAUAAAGCGUGCGUGGGCGCUGGAUAACACCCAUGAGCAUCUUCACGAUUGUCUCGUAAGAUUCAAGUGCUGGUUGGAAGAACGACUUCCUACACUCAACCCGCACGUGGCAGCUGUCAUCAAUGCGGAGACAAAAACGAUGUUCGGUGAUCGCAGCGCUCUAACAAUAGCAGAAGAGUACGUGAGUGAAUGCGGGUCGAAGUCGCAAGCGUCCGCUCUGUGGGGUGCGCGUGCGCUGCGAAGACUCGUGCCGCAACGUACUAAAGAUGCGCUCGCGCUUGCCACUGCCUUGGAUACUCCUAACACUACUAUACAGGGUUCUCUCGAAGUACUAGAAAGUCUGAGAGAAGGCGACUUCGGUCCUUGCGAAAAGGAAAUUGAAGCUUACAUAGAGGCGUGUAGGGUGAAAUUCCCUUACGCGAUCGCGUUCAAACCUCCGCCACCGGAAGAAAACCAUUCCGAAGAUCUACAGCCAAAGGAAAUUGACCUUAGCCACUGA